UUCUCCUCAUCCAACACCAACUAGGCAACCACUCCACACCCCCCACAACCCACUCCUCAUUCCCUUCUCCAUCCAACCUCACCCAUCAAACAUUUCACAAACAAAAAAAAGUCUUAAUCCCAACCAAAUCCGAAUCCAAGAACCACACACACAAUGAAGACCAAACUCGUCGGGAUCGCAGUACAAAUUCUAGUCAUGGCAAUAAUCAUAUCGAUCAUCCUCCUACUCAUCGGCAUAGGCGUACUAGCCUUCGUCCACGUCUGCGUCUUGGGUCGCCGCCUGCAGGGGAGAAACUUCAACGGCGACGACGGCGACGGACGACGACGGGAGAGAAGCAGCAGCGAAGGAAGCGGGUUAUCUAACGACGACUUGAAGAAGUUGCCUUGUUAUUAUUAUGCGAUGAGAGGUAGACGGAGGAGCGCGUCGGAGUGUGCUGUUUGUUUGGAGGUGUUCGAGGAUGGAGACAAGUGUAGGAUGCUGCCUCAAUGCGAGCAUAGUUUCCAUGUUGAUUGUGUUGAUUCUUGGCUUUUGAGGGCUGCCGUUUGUCCCACUUGUAGAGCUAGUGUUGAUAUUAUUUGUGCUGGUAAGGGUGGAGUUGAGUUGGAAAAUAUAUCGGAGGCUGUGGGUAGCAGAGGUGAGCAUUAAUUUAAGUUCAGGAUGUAAAGGGAUUGAAUCGGUUUGAAGGAAUUUAUAC